UAAAGAAGAGAAGCCAGAGCCCCAAAUUAAAAAAGAAGCAAAACCAGCUGUAUCUGAAAAAGUUCAAAUACACAAACAAGACAUAGUGAAACCAGAAAAGACUGUUUCUCAUGGUAAACCAGAAGAAAAACUUCUCAAGCAGGUAAAAGCUGUCACAAUAGAAAAAACAGCCAAGCCCAAGCCAGCAAAAAAAGCUGAACAUCAAGAAAGAGAACCUCCGUCUAUAAAAACAGACAAACCAAAACCAACUCCAAGAGCAACAUCAGAAGUCACAGAAUCAGAAAAAGCAGACAUGAAGCAUCUUAAAGAAGAAAAAGUCUCAACAAGAAAAGAAAGUCUUCAGUUACACAAUAUGACAAAAGCAGAAAAACCUGCAAGAGUAUCAAAUGUUGAAGAUGUAACAGCUUCAAAGAAAGCUAAAGUAGAAGAAACUGAAGAUGUGUCUUCAACAAAGAAGCAGAAAAGUCCCAUCAGUUUCUUCCAGUGUGUCUACUUGGAUGGAUACAAUGGCUAUGGAUUUCAGUUUCCUUUCACUCCUGCACCCCGCCCUGGAGAGAGCUCUGGCCAAGCAAAUUCUCCAGGACAGAAGCAACAAGGACAGUAAACACACAUGUAUGACCCUUACAAGUGCUUUAAGAUUUUAAAAAUGAGAUAUUUUGUCCACAAUGGUUCCGGCAAUUAAGAUUAUGCAACCCAGAGAAUUUCUGUGAAAACGUUUUGCUCUUUGGCCUGGUGUGGGCAGAAAAGGUGGCCAAAUGGAUUGAGUGAUGAGCAGGCAUGUUUAAGGGUCUAAGUUUCAAGAAUCUGUUAUGUGUGUUUGCUGUGGUGCCUGUAUUUAUCUUAUUUCCAAUCACUAUAAGGUUGUACACAAACUAAUUUAAAGUUUACUUAAUAAUAGUGUCUUUAAAAUAAUUGACACAAUUACAAAAUGGAAUUCCUGGCUUCAGUUAGCUAUUUUUUUUUAAUGACAACAUAGAAUGUGUUCUAAGUUUAAAAGAUGGGGAAGCUUAUAUAAAAGUGACUUUUUUGCAUCAUAUGGGUAUCUAAACUUAAUUUACCCAAUAAGUUGAUGCUUAAUGAUUUUAUUUUAUUUAUGUCUAUUUCUAUUUUAGUUGUGGCUUUGCUCUAAGAAUGGGUAACAGUUGUACUACAAACUGCUAUAAAUUUCCUGUGAUACUCUUUUAGAGCUCAAAAUAUCUCUGAGCUUUAGACAUGGUAAGAUGGAGAAUAAAUGCUUGAUAAAUCUUUAAGAUAUGUCUUGAAUGAUAAUUAGGACAUUCAGUCCAGUGGCAAUACACCACUCAGUUAGGCAGGUGUGAUGAAUCAUUUGUUUAAAAUAUUAGCAAAUGAGAUGUAGAAUUCUGAAAUUUCUUCAGACUGUGUCCUAAUAAAAAUGUCACCUGUGUGAAAUUUUAGAUCAAUCACUAAAUUUGGGUGACAGAUGUAAAAAUAUUUUCAUUUCACUUUAAUAUAUUCUUUCUGUGAAAUAAAAUGUUUUCUUUUUCAUAAUGGCAAAAUAUGAAUGCCAUCAAAGUUUAAGGAAUUCAUUUUAGCCUUAAAUAUCUUCAUGAGAUGUCUUACUUGUAUUUUAGGUAACUGGUCAUCAGUGCCAAUGACAUGGAUAACAUUUUUUAAUCUACACAACAGUGCUUCACUGGGAAUGACUGUUACGUUUUGGUCAUAUUCCUAGUAAUAUAAAUACUCGUGUUCUUUACCACAUUGUUUUUAUCAACUCUAAAAGUCAUGUCUCUGUGACUUUUAUCAUGUUUACAGUUGCGACUGAACUUAAGACAAAUUAACUCAGGAAAUAAAUUGAGUUAUCCUUUCUAGCGUUGUAAUUAUCAUCAUCAAGGCCUGAGAUAGCCAGAGCCAAUACUAGCCGAGUGAUUUAUUUUCAAGGAUUGCCACUAACUAUGGUUCUUUAGGACCAAGAUAUAAAACAGUUUUACUAAAAAUCAUUAGGCUAGGUGUCAGUAAUACGUUCAUUACUAAUAAUGGAUAUUUGGCCUCCACCAGAAGCUGGUGGACCUCAUUCACGCCACGAAAGCCAGUGUUACAUGAACCAGAUUAGUGACUCUAUGGGGAAUGUGGGACAUCCUGGAAGUGCAUAAUUUCAGGAAAGACCAGACAGUACCAUCUUGCAAAGCCCCUUCAGGUGACAAUCUAAACUUGUGGGUAGGAGAGUGGAUAAAGUUUAUUGCUCAGCUGCUCCUCCAGCCUGCUCAAUUUACUGAGUAAAGAAAUAGCAAAUGCGAUGGAUGUUUUAGAUUUCAUAGAGCAGAAUGGUUUGUCCAUUCUUUCAUUCAAUGACUGUUUAUUGAAUACUUACUCUUUUAGGGCACUGUGUUAGGUGCUGGAUUGUAUAAGAAAAAUAUAAUAAGUUAUAUUCCCAGUGUUAUUCUGACGUAGUGAAUGACCUGAAAAAUUACUAAACAUACUAUGUUUGUUUCUCCAUGAGUAAAAUAGGGACAUAGCAACAAACAGUCUAAUAUCUCAUAGAAAUAUCAUGGAGACAAAUGAAAUAUUUUAAUAUAAACAUGAUAUUAAAGUAAAUUUCUGAAGUAAUGCUUUUGGAUAUGGCACUAAUUUUUCCUCUGACUGUUUUACUGUUUCCUUCACUCUCAAUAUAAAAACUAUUUAAUGAGAUAAAACACGACAUAUUUUAUUGUAAUUAGAAUUUAGACAAAUCAGCUAUAAUGUAAAUGAUGCUAAUAAUAAUUACGUUUGAUCUGAUUAAAGUUACAAUGAUCAUGGCACUUUAAAAAUAUUAUCUACACUGUAAUUUGUUUGUAUGUUACCAUCAAAUAAAAUAGUUAUAGCUCUUUCAAGUUUGAUGCCUUGCAUUUUAAAAGGAAAAGAUAAAAGGUUGAUUAAGAAUCUUUGUCUUUAAUGGUUCAUUCAUAAUUCAAGUUAUACUGGUCAGGAAUAUGUAAGCAUUUCAUAAUUGUUUUAGUUAUUUUGCACAAUUGGUAUACACUACUCCCAUUACAUCCCUGCUUUUACCCACUCUUCAUCCCCUCUUAAUAAAUAAAGAUCUGAAAAUAAGAA